AUGCCUUUCACACCCAGCGUCCUUGUCACGGGCUCGAAAUCCGGCAUCAGGAAAGGGUUGCUAUCCACAUAUGCUUCUCGCCCCACCACGGCCGCCUUUGCAGCUAUCCGAGGGGGACUAGAUUCUGGAGCAGUCAGAGCUUUGACCGCAGUGGAACAAGGGAGCAAGAUCGUAGUCGCAAAGCAUGAUGCUUCUUCAAGAACGGCGGCCGUCGAGCUUGUCGGUUUCCUCAAAGACAACCACGAUGUCAGCUCUCUCGACAUCGUCAUCGCUAAAGCAUGCAUCGUGAAACACUUUGGACCAGCCCUAAAAGCGUCAGCGAGGACCAUCAGUGAACACUUUGAGCUCAACCAUUUGGCGCCAAUCUCGCCCUACCAAGGCACUCAGUGA